UUUCUACCAAUUGGGGCCCUCCCUUCACCACCACCACGGCUCCUCUCUUCUCGAGAAUCCAUACAUCCCCACGCGGCAUUGCUCCGUCAGGCUUUCGCCCAUUGCGGAAAAUUCCCCACUGCUGCCUCCCGUAGGAGUCUGGGCCGUGUCUCAGUCCCAGUAUUCAAGUUGAGAGAGAUAAAUUGA